AUGAAAUCCGCUCUACGUUUCCAGCUAAUUCAAUGGAGGGUGACACAUCUUGGAAUUUCACCCCGGUGGCUUCAUGAGUUACAACAGGCCAAGAUUAAGCCGCGUGAAAUAGCCGAUCUCAGUUCUUUACGAGUGGUUACAAGCACUGGCAUGGUUCUGCGAGAUGCAUUGUUUGAGUGGUUCUACGACGAAGGAUUUCCGUCACAUACACUCCUGAACAACAUUUCUGGCGGUACUGAUAUUGCAGGAUGUUUCGGAACCGGUAACCCACUUGUGCCCCUCUAUGUUGGAGGGUGUGCUGGUUGCAGUCUGGGUGUCCCCGUGGAGGUUUACGACUCUGAGAUUGAGGGCGGCGAGGGCAUCAGAGGUGUGCCCGUGGCAGAGGGUGUUGCCGGCGAAUUAGUCGCUACAUCUGCGUUUCCCAAUAUGCCCACCUUAUUUUGGGGGGAUGAUAGCGGCAAAAAAUACCAUGAUGCGUAUUUUGGGAGAUUUGAUAGUAGGUCCACCCUGCUCGGUGUAUCCUAUGGCCGCUAA